AUGGACUCAGGAGCAGUUGAUAGUCCUGUGACCCUGGUCAUCAAGGCCCCCAACGAGAAGUAUGAGGACCACACCAUCAGCUGCUUCCUCAACUGGACUGUGGAGAGGCUGAAGAGUCACAUCUCUACUGUGUACCCCAGCAAGCCGCGCUCCAAAGACCAGCAGCUGGUGUACUCAGGAAAGCUCCUUCCAGACCACCUGCAGCUCAGAGAUGUGCUGAGAAAGCAGGAUGAAUACCACAUGAUGCAUCUAGUUUGUGCCUCCCGCAGUCCCCCAGGCUCGCCAAUGCCUCAGAGCGCGUCCACAUCUGCUGCCUCUGAGCUCAGGAGCUCAAACAACAGUGGGCCCUCCUCCUCUGCGUCCACGCCGAAUCCGGACAGUCAGUCUCCCUCUUCCUCCCCCUCCCUCUCCGCUGUCCCAGGAAGUUAUGAUGGGCUGAGGCACCGCGGCGGCGUCCCCCCUUACAGUGCCUCUGGCGUCCCUCAGAGGCCGGAUGCAGCACAGCUCCCUGUACAGGGCGGCCUCUCUGCCAACAUGCCCCCCUACCCCAUGAACAUGCCCAUGCAGAUGCUGUGGUGGCAGCAGAUGUACGCGCACCACUACUACAUGCAGUAUCAAGCAGCCGUGGCUGCGUCUCAGCCCCCCGGCGCCUCUCCCCCCUCCCCCCCCGCCUCCUCGCCCCACCAGCCCGCCCGGCCGAACGAAGCUGUGCCACCGCCGCUGGGGCCCAACGCGGCCCACGACCCCCUGCCGGAGAACCAGCCGGCCAACCCCAUCCAGAUGAACGCGCAGGGGGGCGCGGUGCUGAACGACGACGAGCUGAACCGCGACUGGCUGGACUGGCUGUACACGGUGUCCCGCGCCGGGGUCCUGCUCAGCAUCGUCUACUUCUACUCCUCCUUCAGCCGCUUCGUGAUGGUGGUCGGCGCCAUGCUGCUCGUCUACCUGCACCAGGUCGGUUGGUUCCCCUUCAGGCCCGAGCAGCAGAACCUCCGAGGGAGAGGGGGGGCCGGUGCUGCUCAGGACGAGGCCGGCAGACAGCAGGACAUACGGGAAAUGGAACGUCUGAUGGACGAAGGCUUGGAGGAUGAGGACAGUGGUGAAGAAGGCCCCGGAGGCCCAGAGGACCAGGACCAGGACCAGGCCCCGGCCCCCCCCGAGCCGGGCCUCCUGACCACCGCCUGGUCCUUCAUCAGCACCUUCUUCACCUCGCUCAUCCCCGAGGGACGGCCCCAGCCCGCCAACUAGGAGGGCGCUCUGCCGCUGGCCUAACCCGCUCACGUCCUGCCAGCAGGUACUUCUCUACAGAGUUUCCAGCCUCCAUCUUUACUUUCCCACCUAAUUAAUUACCAAGGACAGCCUCACACACACGUAGGACCUCCUGCCGGCCGAGCAGGCGCCACGGCAGAUGCAGAGCGUCUCUGCAGAGCGCCAGAAAGGCAAAGUGAAAUUAAAGAUAACACGUGUCGUGCUCGUGGACUAAAUGGUUCAGCGGUUAGUUUCUCUUUCAUCGACGGCGAAUUGACGGGCUGCAGGGAGCCGUCUUCCAUUUUAAGGAGCGAUGACUUUCGUGUGUGUUUGCAACUUUCUUUUAACGAGUAAUGUGAGGCGGAUUGAAGACGAAAAGAAAAAUAUCCCUUAAAUUAGAGGGAGUUGUUUCCUUAAACCAUCCUCAGAGACAUUUUCAUGAAUGCACACCAACGUGCGUAUAGACAUCGCAGCUUCUGAAGCACAUCGUUUUCCCACUUUGUGUAUUUGAACAUAUCUAUUUACAUAUGUAAGUAUAUGCAUCUUAAAUUCCUGAAUAUAUGCUUUUUGAAUAAAAACAUCUUGCAGCACU